AUGAACCCUCUGAUGCAGGCUCCUCUCCUCAUCUCCCUGGGCUUGCUUCUCGCCGGCCCAGCGGCUGCUGCACGCGUCUUCUCGAACCGGCUCUCCCAGGUCAGUAGCUUUUCCUGGGAUAACUGCGAUGAGGGGAAGGACCCUGUGGUGAUCAACAGCCUGACUGUGGAACCUGACCCCGUUGUCAUUCCUGGGAACAUGACCAUCAGUGCUGAGGUCAGGACCACUGCGUACCUCAAAGAUCCUCUGAAGGUGGUACUAACUCUGGAGAAGGAAGUGGCUGGCUUUUGGGUCAAAGUCCCAUGUAUGGAGCAACUUGGCAGCUGCACCUACGAGAACUUCUGUAAUGUGCUUGAAGUGUUAACUCCCGAUGAGAAUCCCUGCCCAGAACCCCUGCACACCUAUGGGCUUCCCUGUCACUGUCCCUUCAAACAAGGUACCUACUCACUUCCCAAGUCUGACUUCUUCCUGCCUGACCUGGAGCUGCCCAGCUGGCUCAGCAGUGGGAACUACUGCUCGAAGAUCAUGCUAAGCAUCAACGGGGAGCAUCUGGGCUGUGUCAAAAUCUCCGCCUCCCUAAAGGGCAAAUAA